GGUCAGAUGGCACGUUAAACACCUUCAUACCAGUUUCCCAUGACAGCAUACCGGCAGCUUAUCGGUUAUGUCGUUUGUUUGUUUACGAGCGUUUGAUUUUUCCACCGGUCCACUGUUAACACGUUAAUGCACCAACUGCAUUUUACUACGUGGUAACCGGAGUGGCUGCUGCCGAUUAGGCAGGUGUUCUACUUGUUUGUUACAAUUGGAGGCUGUCUGUGCAAACAAUGCCUUGAACUUAUGUUCUACAACCCCAUUAGCUGGCUAGAUGAGCGACUCGCAGUCGGCUGUUCAAAAAGCUCCUCAACCUCUCAUUUUCCGUAGAGUUUGUUCAAAGUUACCCGUGAAGACUGAGGAGCUAAGGCCACAAUUGCUUACGUCGCCAUCUAAAAUCAGGAGAGUCACGGCCGUACUCAGGAGCUCUGGUUCUGGGAAUGUCGUCGUUUCAGAUCGUUCGAAUGCAACGGCGCUUAAAACGGCUUCCGCGAUGGCGGUGGACUCCGCAUCCACAAAACCCAUCCGUGUGCUCAAUUUUACUGGGGACGCUAUCAAGCUUACUGCCGUUUCUUCCAAGGGCGGUUCCACUACCCAGAAUAACAAGUCGUCCUCUGUUGUCCGCUUUAUCAAGGUCGCUCCAAACGAUCCGGUCGUUUCGAAUGCUCCUAACAAACUGCUUACAGGCUUAGAACGGGCCCCUCUCCGACCGUGUAUUGUUUGCCAAAUUAACACAGCAAAUUUACACGGUAAAACUGCUACCUGCCCAGCCUGCAAGUCAUUUUUCUAUCGUACUUUGAACGACAUCGAUACGCAUCGUCGCUUGUGUGCCUGCUCGAAAAUGCCCGCCAAGACGCGUUGCGUCCACUGUCGUUUAGUGGAGGCUACCGAAGCUGCCCUAUCCAAGUGGGGUGCUUCCAUGACUGAUCGCGCCAGGUUGGAAUGGUCAGUUCUGGACAACACGCUCGCCAGCUUGGCCCGAACUCCUUGUUCACUCAACGAUAUCGCUAGAGUUCAUGAGGAGGUCCUGUCACAAACCUAUGCCGACUCCACUGUUUUACCGGUGGAAUCACCCAAAAGCAAUGUCAAUCGUUCUCGACGGGCGUCAAAUAUGGACUUAACGGACGAGAGGUCUCCCCUCAGUGGUUCAUUCAAGCGCAGAGCAAUCGACCAACAAUCAUGGGUAUCGGCGAAUUCCCAACUGCUCACCUCGAAUGCUGCCAACACACAGUCCGAUCCUCAAUCACUUCACGUGGUCAUCACACAAGUCCCCAUGAAGUCGAGUAAUAACACGGCGGAUAGUUCGGGUGAUCGCGUUGACGAUGUCGAAGAGCAGUUUAUGGGGGAUACCUCGCCAACAUCAUCUCCCACACAAUCAUACUCCGGUGAACGGAAAAGAAUAUCGUCUAUGGCUCCCAUUGCUGUUCAACCCGUAGCUGAACCUGCCAUUCUAUUCCAGAACUUUACCAACGGGAACAACUCUGAAUCUUCAACCAGCCUACCUCAAAUUGCCUCCGCUCACGGGAUUUCUGAUCCGUUGUCAAUGAAUUCUGGCACCUCCAUUUCCAUCGCCAUCCCGGUUACAGUAUGUCCCGCUUCUGGAUCAAACUCCCGUAGAGACUCCGUUCGAUCCCUCGUGAAGGACGAUCAUCUCGCGCCUUCCAUUCUGUCAAAUGGGAUGUCCACAGCCGCUGACACGACAACCCCACAUCUGUCGGAGCUGAGUCAAGAGGAGGUGCUUGCUCGUCGUUUGUCCCGGUUGAUCAAGCCAAGCUUUAUGCAGGUGUACACAAAACAUUUUAACGAUGUGCGAACUGAGCCGAAACUUGUCGACGUCGCAUUGGACAAUCGCGGUACGCUGUUUCAACUGUUCGAGUUUUUCGAUUGGGAGUGGAACCAACCGAUCGAGGUUUCGCAGUCCGUUCGCCAAGCCUGUUGGUCCGUUUUCCAUGAACAACUUAACGAAAGUCUCACAGACAUGGUCCGGUUCAUCAAACGUAUUCCCGGCUUCCCCAUCCUAAAACCACAUGAUCGCAUCUUAUUGGUGCGCAAUAGCGGCUUCGAGUUGGCCUUCAUGGCCCACUAUCUCUACUGGAAUACGGAAUUCGGCACAUGGCAUGGACCCGAUCACUUUGUCCUAACACUUGACCAGUUGAUCACCAUAUUUCCUGCCGGUGAGCUAUUUUUCCAAAGCGGAUUUGCAAGUGCUAAGCGACUAUCGAAGUUGACGCAACAACUGCAGCAUUUAGGCCAAGUUGCUGCGUUGGUGAUACUUAAUUCAGACCUCGAGACUUUAUCGGACCGCGAAACCGUCGAGGCCUUACGAGAGAAAAUGAUGAACGCGAUUCGCUACAGCCUUAACUCCCGGUCUCAAGAUGUGGAUAAAAUUAUGCUCCAGGUCUCCACUGCAGUAGACGGUCUACGAGAAAUGGGUAACGAGCACCGGAUUUUGUUGGACAGUCUAAGGGAAGAGGACCACUUCGAAUUCCCCGACGAUCUUUACGCUGAGCUUUUCGAAUUGGUCGGAGAGUGAUAGUGUAUCUUUACGUUUUAGUCCGCGAUAUAUAUUUUUUAUGCUUUGUCGCUCUAACAACCUCCGUUCCAGUCCGAUUGAUCCCACACAUGUACAAUCAUUUCCUGCAUUUCUCAUUUUGUCUCUCUCUCUGUAAAUCUCACCAACACAUAUACACACAAUGAUUUGUCUCCCUAACCUGUAUCUAAACCACUCCUAUGCACAUGCCAUGCUUCCAGAUUCGGUCAUAUCUCGCGCUGUUUUUCCCUCUCUUGUUCUUACUAUCCCUUGUGCGUGUGCAAUCUACUUCUCGGUAUUCUUUGGCCAAUUCCUACCAUGGUGGGUGAUUUUUAGGUCACUCUGGUCGUGUGAAUGCACCCCAUGGUUUCGAUUCAAACGGGAAUUGACGCUCCGCAGUUAUUCAUCCUUUGUCUUUCCCUUCUCUCCAAAGGGCUAGUGACUUACAGUGUCUCGGAUGACUUUAUACUUUUGGAGAAGAUUUAUUGCUGCUAAGCUCAACCGGACGGCCGUUCACUCAUGUUAGGGGUCAUGAUUAGCGCGCAUCCGCCCCACGAGUCAGCGCUGAUUUCGGAUCCGGCGGAUGCGCUACUGACGGGUUCCGAUAGCACAAAACACAACCAUCUAGCCUUUUCCUUGACGUCCGUUGGCUAACUGACUUAGUCUAUUGGCGACGAAUCUCAAAUACACAAUAAAUCUCCCUGCUAAUCUCCAAUAAAUUCGUUCUUUUUCCAUAUGCAAUGGCAAGCUUUUAGCGUACACUUUCGUCCGUCACUAUAUCACUGAGUCUUGCGUGCGUUGUUCUUCUCAACUGGUUGGACUUUGAGCCUGAUUUUGACGAUCUUCGAUUGUGGCACGGAUCGUUUACUUGUAUGUGGACCCCAACUAUUAUUAUGAUUUCUGGGAGAGU